AAUUAAGUUGGCACGAGGCCUGCAUCUUCACAUAAAAAACACAUUGACAAGUCCGAUAUAUUCAUCGUCUUCAUGCAUAUAUAUCGUCUUAUAAAAAGGUCCCCACAAAAAAACUAAGUAAAGUUGAAACAAGAAUUAUAGAGAAUUGAAUUAAAUGGCGAGUGUAGGUGCAUUAAGGGCAAUUCUGGCGCUGAGGAUGUUGACACUGCUAACUCUAGCUGUUUCAGCUUUGCUUAUGGGCCUCAACAAUCGCACUACCGAUUUCGUCAACAUUAAGUUCACUGAUCUCAUUGCUUACAGGUAUGUGUUUGCUGUGGGCGCCGUAGGAUUUUUGUACACGCUAAUUCAACUCCCAUUUGCAAUAUAUAAUGUCGUACACAAUAAGAGGUUGAUACGCAACGGUUGUCUCCCAGAAUUCGACUACUUCGGAGAUAAGGUGAUGGCGUUGUUAUUGGCCAGUGGAGUAGGCGUGGGAUUCGGAGUGACGUUCGAGUUUAAACGAGCUUUCGAAUUUAGUAGUGAAGCGAAGAAAUAUCUAGACCGGGGGAAUAUUUCGACCGGGAUUCUGCUAGCCGGAACCGUUUUCAUGGCUCUCCUUCUGGCUUUCUCGUCGAGCCGUCGUUCACCCAACAAGGGACUUUUCAAAUAACAAAUUCAAUCAAUUAAAACAUUUGUAGCACCUGAGUUUGCUCUUCAUUCUUUACAUGUGUUUUCUAGGCUACCCAGUAGGAAAUACGAGGAUCUAAUUAUUGAAUAAUUUAAAUAGAGAUAUGUAUCAAUUUCUUGUAUCAUCACUGCAACUCAAUAAUAAUUUCAUCACAGUAGUGAUGACGAAGAAUUAACUAAAAUAUUUUUCUUC